UCCGCGCCGGGCCUCGCGGGUUAGCAGGAGUGUGAAGGGACUAGCGGGGCGGGACCGGCCGGCGCCUCCGCCACAGUCGGCUCGGUGCAGCUCCGGGACGCGGAGGCGCACGGGACGAGCCCGACCUGCUCUCUCUGGCUUUCCCCGGCGUCUUUGGAUGAAUCUCUGCCUUCGAGGGGGCCGGGGGAUCCACACGACUCCAGUCACGUGCUCGGGGCCGCCGGGCUUCACGGUCACCGGACCCCGCGGUCUCCCCCGCCCUGGGGUUCCCGCCCGGAUCCGCCUGGUCACCCGAGUUGGCACGGCGCGCGGGGGCGUGGCGGGCAGUCCGGGCUAUAAGGCGGCGGCGGCGGGAGGCCGGCUCGCACCGCACCGCGCGCCCCACGCCGCCCCUCCAUGGCCAUGCCGCGGCCUCCGGGCGGCCCGCAGCUCAGGUUCCUGCUGUUCCUGCUGCUGCUGCUGCUGCUGUCCUGGCCGUCGCCGGGGGACGCGCUGGCACUGCCCGAGCGGCGGCGACGCGCCCACCCGGAGGAGGCGCAGCUCGACGCGCGGGAGCUACGAGGCCGCGUCCAGGACCUGCUGGGCCGGCUGCAAGCUAACCGGAGCUGGGAGGACUCGAACCCGGAACCCACCCCCGGCCCGACGGUCUGGGUACUCACUCCAGAAGUGCGGCGGGGCCCGCGCGGCCGCCUGCUGCUCCGCGUCCCGGCGGCGCUGGCGCGGCGUCUCCCCGAAGCCCGCCGCGUGCACCGAGCGCGGCUCCUGCUGCCGCGGCCGUCGCGGCCCUGGGACGUCACCGCGCCGCUGCGGCGCGCACUCAGCCUCCGGGGACCGCGCCGCCGCGCACUGCGCCUGCGCCUGCCGCCGGGCCGGGCCGGGGCGCCCUCUCGCGGCGCGCGCCUGGAACUGCACCUGAGGCCGGCCGCCGGCAGGGGGCGCCGCAGCGCGCACGCGCGCCCCAGAGACCCCUGCCCGCUGGGCCCCGGGCGCUGCUGCCACCUGCGGACCGUGCAGGCCACCCUCGAGGACCUGGGCUGGAGCGACUGGGUGCUGUCCCCGCGCCAGCUGCAGCUGAGCGUGUGCGUGGGCGAGUGCCCCCACCUCUACCGCUCGGCCAGCACGCACGCGCAGAUCAAGGCGCGCCUGCACGGCCUGCAGCCCGACCUGGUGCCCGCCCCCUGCUGCGUCCCCUCCAGCUACACCCCGGUGGUCCUCAUGCAUCGGACGGACAGCGGCGUGUCCCUGCAGACCUACGACGACCUGGCGGCCCGGGGCUGCCACUGCGCAUGAGCGCCGGCCGGCGCUCACCUGCACUCCUCCCUGAUAUUUAUAGUUGUAUUUAUUGAUGUUGCUAAUUUA